AUGGUGAACAUCCGGCGAUUCUGGUUGUCAUCCAGCCUGAUCGUGUGUCUUUUUGCCCAACAAGGCUUGUCUAUGGUUUUUGAAGACACCGAUGCCCCAGAUGCCGCCCACCACCUUCUCGAAAGAGACCAAUUAAACGAAAAUGCUGCCUUUUCUGUUUUUGAUCGACUGAGCAAAGACUCUUACUAUUGGAGCGGAUCUCAGAAUGGCCAUAAGACGCUGGCAAAUCUUACAGUCGACGUGGGCGAUGAUGAAGCAAACAUCAUCUCGAUGGAAAAGUUUCGACAUCUGCUGAAAUCCGUUAACUGUACCGAUAAUGGCAUGAUCGUGGAGUUCGAUGACACUCGUGCGUUUGUAUACACUCAGCGUGGAUGGCAGUGGGUCAACGAUGACAAUGAUCGUAAAUUGAUCCUUGUGACCGGUAAGAAUCAUUGUGGCUGGAACCCUCACAGGAUGCCAUUUGUCGUCUCAUCAAUUGUGUUCGACAAGCCAUCACUGAAGGCGAAACUGAGUGGUGUGGCAUCGGAAUGGAAAAAGCUCUUCAGUAACUACGAGAUCACGGUGGGAAAGGCUCCGGGAUCAUCCACAGCCAGACGAGACUGGGACAAGGAUGCUUCCCUGAGCUUCAACCAUAAAAUCCCCCUCAGCAAGACGAUACCUAUCCCAGGCAAGGAUGUCUCCAUGGAAAUCUCAUGUGAAGGAUGUGAAACCAAAGGAUCCUUCAAUUUUGGUGUCCACAUCAAGACACGCCUUGAAAUUCCCGAGUCCGUCUCGUUUACACUCUCACCCAAUGACGUCUCUGCAAGCUUCACGCCACGCUUAGGACUGAGUGGGAACAUGACCAGUGAAAUCUCUGACGAGCACGAGCUCGUAAAGAUCCCCGUGGACGGUAUCUCAAUCCCAGGGGGUGUUCUUGACCUUGGCCCGGAAAUUGUCUUUAGUUUUGGAUAUCAAAUUGGUUCUGUCAAAGGUUCCGCGGGCAUUACAUCUGGAGUGACCCUUGUUCUGAAGGACUCUGCAGAGCUCGAAAUUGAUGUUCUGGAUCCGGACGUGUCCGCUAGCGGGUGGACUCCUCACGUCGAGACUCAGCCGGUGACUAUCGAUGCUAAGAUCGAGGCUGAGGCUGAGGUUUACACCAAAGCUCAAAUUCAACUCACUGCAUCAUUUCUUGACCAGGGCUUUGAAGCCGGUGUCAAUCUCAAACCCUAUCUCGGAGCCGAUGUAGCAGUCUCCACCGACAAGGGCUUGGGAGUCGAUGUUAAUAAACGAUCUGAUGUUGGAGCUCAUGUCUCAGCUGGCGGCUCCAAGGCUUGCAUCAAACCGAAGGCUGGAGUCAACCUCAAUGUGGAUGUUGCGAAGGUUGAUACACCCGAAGACCCCAUGGUGGAGAAGACAGUCGCGGUUAUCAAAGCGCCGAUGUCCUCGUAUUGUUUCAAUUUCGGUCCGAACGGUUCCAUAAGCUUAGGUGCUGGCAAAACCAAGUCAGCUUCAGGUAGAAAAGCUUCUACUUCCUCGGCCAAAUAUACACCUACUUCUUCAGCUGAGCCAGACACCGCGUCAAGCUCCACCACCACCUCAUCUUCGACAUCGCAAUCGUCGUCUGCUACCCCGACACCGUCUCACCGCAGACACGGCCACCGGCGACAUCAUGGGAUGCGAGGACACUAA